AUUGCACUAAUAAAAAUCUAAAGUAAAAGAAUAACAUAAAUUCUUAUAGGAGAAAGUCUUAUUGUGAGAUAAGCCUCAUACUUGAUAAAUAACUCAAUAAUAAAACUUUUAGCUUACCGGCUUUUUGUUUUGAAGUCGUCUCACUGUAAAACGGCUCAUAUAAGACGAGGGAAGAAUAAUAAAUUAUCUUUAUGAAUAAAAAUCAAUAACAUGAUAAAGAAAACCCUAUAUAAAUAGGCAGUGUUGAGUCCCAUUUUUUCCCAUCACCAUCUCAUAGCUUAGGAGUAUUCAACAAAUUGAGCUUCAUUUUGAGUGUAAAUUGAAUCAAAAUAAAACUAAAAAAAAGAGAAAAAAUGGUGAAAGACAUAGAAGUGGGAGGAGGAAUAGGAAAAGACUACCAAGACCCUCCACCAUCACCAUUAAUAGAUGGAGAAGAACUAACAAAAUGGUCAUUUUACAGGGCAGUUAUUGCAGAAUUUAUAGCAACAAUGUUAUUUUUGUAUAUAACUGUAUUAACUGUCAUUGGCCAUAAAUCCCAAAAUGAAGCUGAUCAAUGUAAUGGUGUUGGUUUACUUGGUAUUGCUUGGGCUUUUGGUGGCAUGAUCUUUGUUCUUGUUUACUGUACUGCUGGUAUUUCUGGUGGACACAUAAAUCCAGCGGUGACAUUUGGGCUAUUAUUGGCAAGAAAAGUCACACUAAUAAGGGCCAUUCUAUACAUGGUGGCCCAAUGUUUAGGGGCCAUAUGUGGUGUUGGGCUAGUUAAGGCUUUCCAAAGUGGAUACUAUACCAAAUUUGGAGGUGGGGCCAACACUUUAGCAGAUGGGUACAGUAAGGGUACUGGAUUGGGUGCUGAGAUUAUUGGCACUUUUGUUCUGGUCUAUACUGUUUUCUCUGCCACUGAUCCUAAGCGUAGUGCCAGGGAUUCUCAUGUUCCUGUGUUGGCGCCACUUCCAAUUGGAUUUGCAGUAUUCAUGGUACAUUUAGCUACGAUCCCAGUUACAGGAACUGGUAUCAACCCUGCUCGUAGUUUUGGUGCUGCUGUUAUCUUCAAUUCCUCCGAGGCUUGGGAUGAUCAUUGGAUUUUCUGGGUGGGACCAUUUAUAGGAGCUGCAAUUGCUGCCAUUUAUCACCAGUACAUAUUGCGUGCCGGUUUUGUUAAGGCUCUUGGGUCGUUUAGGAGCUCAUCUAAUGUGUGAUGUCUUCUUAAGUUCAUAAUAAUCCUCAUCUUAAGCAUGGUUUUUGGCUACAAUGAGGAUUAUUUGCUGAUUUAUCCUUCAAAUUUGCUUAAAGAGUAAUGAGAGAUCCUUAAGAUGUAUAUAACCUUUUAUUCUUAAGUCAUUGUUGGUGUCUUGGCACUUAUUUUCACUUUGUGCCUUUAGAUUUCUGUUUGGUUUUUCUUCCCACUCCUUUGUUGUAUUCUGCACUUUUGAGUAAUAAUAAAUGUCAGUGUUCUGCAA